UCCAAGUCGCCGUACAAUGCAUAACCAUGAAAUGCACCAAUGAAAGUCCAGCUUGAGUAUUCGACUACGACAUUCAAGAUACAACAGGACGACCGUAAUGGCUGACUCUUAUUGAAUAUAAAUGCGUUAUAGAUUCUUAUUUUGUUGUAGUGUCAAACACUAAAGUCCUGUAAACAUAAUUAUUCUUAUUUUAUUGUCUUCCGUUUUCGUAAAAAUAUUAAGGAUUUCGUGAUGGCCGACGAAGGAUUUGAUCUAUGUGAAUGUAUAUGGAACCAUGAAUUUGCUAUGCAACGCCUACUUUCUAUUUUGCGGCAAAGCCAAAAUUACUGCACAGAUAAUGAAUGUUUUGAUAUGUCACGAUUACCAGGACCACGCGAUGUUCCAUCGUGGAACUUAAAUUUUUUCAUGAUUUUAUUAAUUAUUGUAUUUGCUGUUCUUAUGUAUGCUCUUAGACCACAGUCUCUUCGUCAUUUAAACAAUGAUAUUGCUAAAGAUCGAAACAACGAACGCGAUUCGCAUGACGAUCCUCCAGUACCACCACCGACAAUACAAUAAAGAAUGAAAUGAUAAAUGUUUUUAUGUAGAUUUUUAUAAAAAAUCUACUGAAUUUAUAAUAAUAGAGGAAGUA